UAUGAAGAGGAGUAUGAAAAGACAUAUACAAGUGGUACACUUUUAAGACAGCUGAAAUAACAAAACAAACAUUUCUGUGAUGUAUCCGUGAAAGAUGGAACAUGGGUGAAACGAUUCCAUAUGUGCAUAUUAGUGGAGAGUGGAUUCUUCGACACGUUAUUCCACACCAGCGAAUUCCUAGAACAACAACAGAAGUCGCUGAAAUUCGUAAAAGAAGAUCAAAGAUUGUUGAUGAGGCUAUUAUGUUUCUUUAUAAUGUAGAACCUGACUUGGAUGAAGGCAACAUUGAAUUUUUAGACAUUGCAGAGUUUCUCAUGAUACCACGUCUCAAAGCCUUCUGUGUGAAAUGGCUUGAGCAAACCAAAAAGUCGAAUGCACUGAUAGCAGUAUGUCUGCAUUUAUGCACUCUCUAUGGUGUAUACGUUCCUUCUGUCACUGAUUAUAUAAGGCAGAAUUUAUGCGAACUUUUGAAUGGAACUGAACUACUAAACGUUGAGGCAAUUUCAUUACAUAGUUUAUUGCCUGAUAAAUAUCUGUCGUAUGUUUCAAUGGAAACCAAAUUUAACCUUUUGAUAAAAUGGGUACAGGUCGUUUCUUAAAAUCGAUUCUAGUAUUUCUAGUCAUUGUGCACAAUGGUGGAUUUCUGGAAACUAAAUCAUGAAACAAUAACCUUGGCGAAACAAGAUCCGUUGAUUGGUUUGACAGAAAAAGUUUUGAAAUUUGAAUAUGAACAAAAACAUAGCGAACCAAUGAUUGUACAAUAUCAAAAUGGCACCAAUGACAGAGAAGAGAUGAUAAUACUUGAUGAAAGUAAGGAGGAUUGGUUUCGUG